AUGUCUGGCAGGCGCGGCUUCGCGCUUGCGCGGCACCAAUCCGCGACACCACGCAGCGACGAGGAUGUGGAAAUGGCAAACAACAGCACGGACGAGGUUGAGAGUGAUGCGGAGGGAGAAAUGGUCAUUGAUGGGCGCGAGGACUUGCAUGAAACGAUUGAUCGUCUGUCCACGCUCUUGUGCAAUAUGUCGGAAGAUGGCGAAGAGCUUGCCGCAGGCUUCCAGCGCAUUCCGAACCGACGAACCGUUCCGGAUUAUUUCGAGAUUAUAUCUGAUCCAGUGGCUUUCAGUACUGUCAGGGGUAAAAUCCAAAAAAAGCAAUACGCGAGUUUUCAGGAAUUCGUCAAAGACGUGUCACAGAUAUUCCACAAUGCUCAGGUCUACAAUCGUCCAUCGGCCCCCAUCUUCGGCGCCGCGAUCAAACUGCAAGGAAUAUUCCGGCAAGAGCUAGACAAGCUUGUCCAGUCUUCGCAAAUCAGCAAAGAGGAGGCCUCCUUACCUGAUCUCGGGGAGCUACCACCUGUGGAGGAAUCCCCAGCUCGAGAUUCCGAGGCUGUGAUUUCGGACGACGAUGACGACGACGACGACGACGAAGAGGAAGAAGAAGAAGAGGCAGAAGAGGACGACGAUGACGAUGAUGAAUAUGGCACUGGUGUUGGUGGCAGGCGUGUCAAACGCCGGCUACAACAGCCACCUUCUAAAAAUCGUGUUAAUGGUGACAUGGAUGACGACUUACACAAAGGAAGAGGUCGCCCUCCAAUGGUCCUCACACCUGUUGAGGCCCGUAUCUCGUCGAUUCUCAAGGGCCUUCGACGGUUCAAGGCCAGCAGUGGUGCCUUGCUCGUCACUCCAUUCGAGAGAUUGCCUGACAGAGCAGCGCUUCCGGACUAUUUUCAAACAAUUACGAACCCGAUUGCGCUGGACAACAUAAAGAAGAAAGCCAAACGCAAGAAGUACAGCAGUGUUGAUAAGUUCCUUGAGGAUAUGAAUUUGAUGUUUGAGAACGCAAAAUCAUACAAUGAAGAUCAAAGCGAGCUUUAUAAAGCUGCUGCCGAAUUACAAAGGGAAACGCUUGCCUUAGCCGAGCAAGAAAACGCGAAGUCAGAUGACGAGUUUCGUGAUGAGGACGGGAAACUACCAGUGGCUUACGUUGAGGCUCAUGGAAAUAUUUGGAGAGUUGGCGACUGGGUACAUAUUCGCAACCCAAAUGAUCUCGCAAAACCGACCGUAGGCCAAAUCUUUCGCAUGUGGCAAGAUCGCGAAGGAGAAAAAUGGAUCAAUGCAUGCUGGUACUAUCGACCUGAGCAAACAGUCCACCGCUUUGAGAAGCAUUUCUUUGAGCGCGAAGUUGUCAAGACAGGACAGUACCGCGACCAUCAAAUCGGUGAGGUUGUGGAUCGCUGUUUCGUUAUGUUUGUGACCCGAUUCAACAAGGGCCGUCCGCGCGGCCUUCCGGGUGAUAUGCACGUCUAUGUUUGCGAAUCUCGAUAUAAUGAGGAAAAUUUCCGGUUCAACAAGAUCAAAACGUGGGCAAGCUGUGUUCCGGACGAAGUGAGAGACCGUGACUACGAAAUGGACCUUUUCGAUACCCCUCGUCCAAUGAGAAAAGUGCCCAGUCCAAUCAAGCAUCUCUUGCGUGAGGAUGCGAAAACCUCGGAUGAGCUUCCACGUCCAACUUGGGGCAGUCCAAACGCGCCACCGAUCGUUGGCGCUGUGCACCGUCGACCCCCGGAAUUGCAUGAGACGCCGCCCCCCGAGUCUGUUCCGCUGAAUCCCACUGCUCCUUCUGAGGGCAAGUCAGAUCCGACCCGUCACGCUUCAAUGAUUUCGCAGGGCAGGGACACGCAUGGAGACCAGGUUUCAGGCAUUGCUUCGUAUGGUGGUGUACUUGGGCCGGCAUCACCCAGUCACUACCAUGUACAGACAGUGAAUACCCAGCCAAGCACGCCUCAGGCAGGGGCGCACCCCCCGCAUCAAACGCCAGUACCACUUCCGCAGAUACCAGCGCCGGCAACCUCGGCGCGCCCUAUCCAGUACACAGCGCCGCAUCAACCUGGAUUUGCCCCGGGCUAUGUAGGGGGGUUCUCUCAGUCUCCGGCUGCCAUGCGCCAUCCGCAAGUCGGAAAUACCAGUACGCCAGGGUACAAUGCAUCUCACGGCUUGCGGAAUAUGGCUACUCAAUCCCAGGCAGGUCAUAUUAACAAUGCUUAUAACCCUCCACGCCCACCAGAGGUUUACACACUGCCCGACAGCACAAACGAGGCCUUGCCAACCCAGAUACGCACCCAGCUUCAACAUGAUAACGCAGGAAGAGUGCUUUUCUUUACUGCGCCGCCCUCAGAUCGCUCUCCGCACCAACUCCCUCCUGAGAACAGCGGCCUGGGGCAUAGCUUACGAUAUUUUGCGGGCCGUGAGGAAUGGCAAAUGCAGAGAGACACAAAGCGAAAAGCACGCGAUCAAAUAUCUUCGCAGGGCGCUUCAAAGCGUGCCGGGUCAAGUCUUGACAUAACAGAUGGGCUUGUUGCUGCGGAUGCAAGAGGGGCUCUAAACCACUGGUUCAGCCAGAUCGGCCAAGACACAGAGAAAUGGAAGCAAGAGACCGGUCUUAGCCAUUGA